GGCCGAGCAGGCUGGGUGCUGGGCGCGGCGGUGGCGCAGUCGGCACCAUGGCCUACCCAGGGCACCCUGGCGCCGGCGGCGGCUUCUACCCAGGCGGGUAUGGAGGGGCUCCCGGAGGGCCUGCGUUUCCCGGACAAACUCAGGAUCCGCUGUACAGUUACUUUGCUGCUGUAGCUGGACAGGAUGGGCAAAUAGAUGCUGAUGAGUUGCAGAGAUGUCUGACACAGUCAGGCAUCGCUGGAGGAUACAAACCUUUUAACCUGGAAACUUGUCGGCUUAUGGUUUCAAUGCUGGAUAGAGACAUGUCUGGCACAAUGGGUUUCAAUGAAUUUAAAGAACUCUGGUCUGUGCUGAAUGGCUGGAGACAACACUUCAUCAGUUUUGACAGUGAUAGAAGUGGAACAGUGGAUCCUCAAGAAUUACAGAAGGCCCUGACAACUAUGGGAUUUAGGUUGAGUCCUCAGGCUGUGAAUUCAAUUGCAAAGAGGUACAGCACCAAUGGAAAGAUCACGUUUGAUGACUACAUUGCCUGCUGCGUCAAACUGAGGGCUCUCACAGACAGCUUUCGAAGACGUGAUACUGGUCAGCAAGGUGUUGUGAACUUCCCAUAUGAUGAUUUCAUUCAGUGUGUCAUGAGUGUUUAAAUCAAGAGGAAGCUGUAUGAACGUAACCAACAUUCCUCCUUUGCUCCUACUCUGCCUUCAGUAAUGUGUGUAAACUUCCAUCACCACUUACCCUUAACAGCUUGUUGUAAAGGUUUAUUACUUUAUGUACAGCUGAAGUUUUGUGUUUAGCUUUGAUAAUAAAUUCUUUGGAAUUUUAAUAAUAUAUGAUCUGGACUAUUACAGCAUUUAGCACUUCCACAAGCCAUUGUCAAUCAUGCCUUAUUUUCUUGCUAACCCACUUUUAUGCAAAUUUACGUAUGCAAAUGAUUAAGGCACAUUAUAUAUUUUUCACUGUGAGAUACUAAAAACUUUACUCAGACGACAGCUGUUGUCUUCUUCCAGAGGGGCUUUUACAUGGUAUUUAAAGUUUUAAUGUAUGGAGUAUUCCUAUGCGCAUGAUUCAGACUCCCUUGGAUAUAAAAAGAACAUCCAUAUGUGUGUUGACUUUAGUGAAAACUUAGUACAAGUUUUAAGGCUCACAGAUACUUUGACAGCUAUAUAAAUAGACAGGGAACUUGAGUUAUUAUUUUCUGCCUCUUUAAAGCUUGUUGAACAAUUUGAGUGGUAAAUACUGUCACCAAGUCCCUUUGUCAUCUUCCAUGUAGACCUUUGUUAAAUAUACUUAAAAAUCUCUGUACAGUAUGAACUUACCUAUGUGGGAAAAAAAUUGAUAGAAAAAGACUAAGAGAAUAUGUGAAAAUAUUAAUUAUGAUUAUUUUUGGCUAAUGAAUUCUAGGUGACUUUAAUUUCCUUUAUACAUUUCAGUAUUUUGCAAGUUCUCUAUAAUGUGUAUUUCCUUCUAAAAUCAGAUGUUAAUUUUUAAAAUAUUAAUACAUCCAUUUUGUUUAUGCCAUUUGCUCACACUUACGUUAAAAAAUAGAUACUGCAAAAGGACUGGAAAUAGUGUACCAAAAUUUUGAUGUGGCUACCACUGGGAGUCAGGAUCAUGAAUUCUUUUCUUCCUUCCUACUACUUUUCCAAAAUUUCCCAAAUAAGCAGGUGUGACUUUUAUAAUGGAAGAAAUAUUUUUUUUUUUUUAAAACCAUGGGAUUUGAAGUAAGAUCUGGAUUCUAAUCCAGGUUGUGCCUCCCAUUUAAUAUGUGGUCUUGCCCAUUUUAGGUAAUCUCAGAGCCUCAGUUUCCUCGUCUGUGAAAAGGGGAUAAUACCUCACGAGGAGGUUGUGAAUAUUAAAAUUGUGUUGGCAUAAUGAGCUCCAACAGUGUCUCUAUUUCUUAAAUUUAGAACUGGUUUGGUUUGCUUUCUUUUCCAAGAAAGCUUAACAGAUAAAAAUGAAAUUAGUCAGUUGUCUGCUUGCCCACAGAGUAUCUGUCUUAUUUUAGGGUACAGUAUGAAGGUUAUCGAUCAAAUAAAUGAUUGAUUCAUCAUUAACCAGCAAAAAUAAAAUAUUUUCUAAGGUUGCCACAUGUCAGAAUUGACUCAAUGGCAACAGGUUUGGUUUGAAGUAUCUUUAGCCUCAUUUCACUAAUAUAAUUAUACUUUCAAAUAUUGCCAAAAUGUAUAUAUUCAUUCAAUAAAUAUUUAUUCAACCCUAACUUAUAAUCGAAUAUAUGUCAAGCAGUUGUGCCACAGCUACAUAUCAGAAUGUGAGCCAGCCUGCUAUAUAUUAUGUGGUGAGUUUAAGUUUCAUUCCAAAUGUAUUGUCUGCAAGGCCAAAAGGCCUUCCUUAAGCCAGAGCUAUCCAAAAAAGGGCUGAAGGAGGCUCACCUUCAGCAUCCUAAAACCUCGUGUUUGGUUCAAACUCACUUUCUCUGAGGAAAUCAUAGUUCAAGGACAUGGUACUUUCCUGGCUGAGUAUAAAUAUAGGGUGAUUCUUAAGGAAGAAGGCCCUUAUUGACUCAUGGUUAUGGGUCAUGUUUGAACCAUCCUGCUUUAGUAAUUCCCAGUGUGUUGCAUUAACUGUGGUUCUGAAUACAAGGUACUAUAAAACCUGUCUCUUGAAACAUGCAAUUAAUUCAGCUUUAAUUGUUGAUAUAUCACAGCAAGUCUCCUCCACUUUAACCGUUUCUUUCUGAAAGCAAGGAGCCUAGUCUUCAGGAUGUCCCUGUAGUUAGACAGUUUCCUUCCCCUUGACAAAUCUGACGUAUCCAUCCCCUUUCUUUAAUUACAGCCAAAGUCUUCAUUACAAGUGUAUCUCAUGUUGCCUUAUUUCUAUUUUAUGUUGGGUUCUGUGUUUCAUUCAUUGUACAAUUCCAGCAAAGCCUCACCUACUUUGUUAAAACCAUUUCUUGGUUUAUUUUUUUUCUUAAAGUAUCUAGCUGGAUGCUUCAGUUCAUCUAGUGGAAUACUUCAGUUACUUGGAGAAUUAAUUUGUUUCCUCUAGUUGCCCCAACUCAGGAUUUAACUUUAUUUUGGAGAUGUGCACUUCAGUUGUGUGCUUCAGAAGAUUCUUGAUUUAUAAACUGUAACAGUUCAGGAACUUCCUUAAGAAUGCAGAUGCAGGAGACCUGGUGUUUCCUGGAGGCAGUUGGAGUAGAUUUUUACCAUGGCUGUCCUAUUUAAUCAAUCACAGCUCUCACUCCUAUUGAGCCAAGUGGAGUUUAGUCUCCAGCAUGAUGUUCCAAGUGGUACCACCAGUCCAUGAGAUGGCGUGGGAGCGAAAACAUCUAAACUUCUGCUGUCUUUGAGCUAGACUCUGCUUUUGCUUAACUGUGUUUGUUACUGUUUCAGUGUUCAUCUUACUGCCUAAUAUGUAAACAGAAAUACAAGAAAUGUAGGUAUAUACAAUCACCAUAUUUUUAAAUCUCAUAUUAAAUGUACAAACCCGUAGCCAGUGACAUUCUUCUGUUUUCCUCACAUUUAAACAGUACCUUCACUACUUACAACUACUUUUUUUCCUGUGCAGACUGUGAGUUGAAGGCAAGGAAACUGCAAAUACCAGGGUUAUGACUGGCAGGUAAAAUGGUGACUGCAAGAAGAUGAAAACGCCAGGGUUGAACAGUGUUUUAGGCAGUGAGCUCAUUAACAUAAACUGAACCCAUCAAAGACCCAAUGAUUUGGAGUCCAGCACAAGGGAGCAUAUUAAAUAAGUAUAUAUUAAAUAUGAGGAAAGGCAGGUGGAAAAUAGAGAAGGGAUCUGCCACCCAGCUGAGGAAACUGCCCAACAAAUUGAAUACACCCAGCUUACUAGAAGACUUGUAUUUCUCAUACGCGGAUGGUCUCUUCUGGGGCAGUGUGGAAUGGAAAAGGAAGAAAUAAACCUCUAAGAGGUCCUCCACAAAGUGUCUGAAAGAGAAACAGUGGCUGGAAAACAAAACAAAACAAGGUCAGACUCGUGCAUCAAAAUAAUGUAAAUCUUUUAUUGAAAGUCACUUUAUUGAUGUCACAAUGAGAGUAACAUAGAAAACCAUGGUAUCUUACUAGCUUCAGAAGUGAAUACUAAUAAAAUUGUGCCAGAAAUUUGAACCUCAGUUUAAAGUGACCUUUAAAAAAAAAGAUGGUUUACCUACAAUGUAAGAACAAUUAUAUAACUGGAACAUCCAUAAAACAAUUCACGCUUGCUCACGAAAGCAGUUGGUGUUUGCCAGAACCAGGUAAUUUUUUAAACAGUAAGAACCUGAAGAGCAGAGUAGCAGAGAGAAUGUUAACAUGAUGUGAAUCUUAAGUAUAUACAUGUGAUUACCUGGCUUCCAGAAGUGAAACCAUGCUGCUAUUAACACUUCCCGAAGGGGUGGCUUCCAUUCUCUGUAGCUAGGACAUCACCCCUCGAAGAUGACACGUGGAAGAGCACUAGCACACACACACACUGACUGACAAACUGUAAUGUUCAGGUAGAACACCUUUUUGGGAUGCUAGUUUUGAGGGGAAUGUCUCUUCCAGCAAGUUAAAACAUAUAUAUGUAUAUAUGCUUAGUCACUGUGAAUAAAUGUUUUUUGUUAAGCACUUUUGUAGUUAGUGUGAAAAAAAUUUUUUCCAUACGAAACAAAGGAAUUGGUCAUUCUUACCCAUAAAAAAACUGGCUGUAGAAUCACAGUUUGAUUUUGUGCUGGAUUUAAAAGGAAAAGUGGGGUUUCUUAAUCAGGCAGUGAUACACAUGUAUAAUUUAGCAUAAACUCUUGCACUAUUACUGAAUAAAUGUAUUAAUUCAUAUCAACACUUUCUGUAUUAUCUGCUAUAACUUAGCAAGGCUGUAUUUAAAGAUUUGGGGCUAUUUGCAUUAUUAUUGUAGAGCUUAACCCUGAAAACACUCAUCCACAGUCUGAAAUCUUAUACAAUAAAGAAACGAAGGCCUAAAGUAAAUGUAGAUAAUAUACAUAUUUUUCACAUAAGAGGAAAAUAUUCUUUUCAUAAAUUCUUUGAAAACUUUGUAUGUGCAAUAUCUUUAAAAGAUUGCUUAGUCUCAUAUGCCUUUUUUUAAAAAAAAAUACAUGCAUGUGUGCGUGCACAUGAGCAUGCACAAUUUUGCCUUAGUUUUUAUUUUGACUUCAAGGGUACCUAGGAAGACGAAAUGAUGAAGCCCUUGACCCAAAGCCUGCCAGCCUUGAAGCACCUCCCAGUGUGAUACAGGUUCUUGGAACAAUGCAACAGGGACACACCACAGGUGCGACCAGCCCUGCCAUGGACUGGACCAUGAGGUAUUUGUAAAGAGCUAACGCUAGGUAAGAAUUUAUUAUCAUGUGGAAUAACACAAGGAAAUAUUUAAAACAGUAAACAUAUAAAGUUAAAACAACUAUAUGACAAUAGGAAAUGAAGAAUGGGUGAAAUGAAUGAACUUGAUUUUGAAACACUGGAAGAAGUGAACAGAAAUAUCAUAUUCCCUCUGGCCAAAAGGUAAAAGUAAAGAAAUUUUAAAAAGGUAAAAGGUAAAGUCGCCACAAGAGAUCUGGGACAAUGGAUAUGAUUAAAUUAUGCAAGUCUACAAGGGAAUCAACAGAAAAGAAUGAGAAAUGUAUGCCUGUUACGGAGUUCAAACAUAAACAGUCCCUCUCUGGAAGUGCACAGAAUAUCUAAUUUUAUCUUUUAAGCAACUCCUUCAAAUCUUAUGUUCAGAAAUUCUAUGCUGAGGUAACCAUAUGUGCAAAUACAAUUUUAAACACUUUUUUUUUAAAGAGAAAAUUUUAAAAAAAAGAAACUGUAGUGUACUUAAUAAAGCACCAAUUUCAAACUGAAAAAUAUUUUAGCAUUUCAACCCUACGUUUGCUUUAUUAAUCAACAUUUUUUAAAGGAACAGUUCUAAGGACAGGUCGUUCCUUGAAGCACUGAGUUCCUUUAAAAAUACAGGAACUACAGCAAAUUGAAAGCACUCGCUAUGCUGCACUGUGUGAUAAGCACAGGCCGCCUGUGACCUGGGAUCAUUCUAGCUGGGAGACUCCAGAGGAGGAUGCUACUUGUUGUCUAGAGAUAGAGUGUCUCAAUGCAGAGACCAGUUAGUCUGCCAAUCAGUUCCUUCAGGGCUCCCGGUUACCCAACACCUAGCUGUUGAUGCUCUUAGUGAAAGGAUGGAAAUACUCCUUUAGGUCAGGAUUUACUGCAUGCUAAUGACUAUGGAUAACUGGAACAUCUCAGGCAUCACGGCUGUCAAUCUAUGCACAAAAGUUUAGGAAGGGGGGAAAAGGCAUAGAAUGGACAUAAGGGUCAAAUAACUACUCUCCUAUGUUUUGUAUCACAGUUUUAUAGUGGGUAGGUGGGUAUAAUGUUUCUUAAUUGCAUGAUACAAACUGCUACUUGGCCUCAAAGUUUCUCUCCAAAUUAGAUAUUUAAAAACAAAUGAUGCUUUGCUUGUAUUUAGUGCCAUGGGGCCAUUCUCCCUGCCUCAGUGGAUGAAAAAGUCACAGGUGCUUAGAUUAAAUACAUCUAGAGCAUCAACCAUGAGUACACAUAUAGGGAUUUCUUGAGAAUAUCCAUUGAGACUCUAAACUUGUCAGAGAAAUCUGCAAAUGACUCUAAGAA